AUGGAGUUCCUUGGAACCACUCAGACAGCCAGCUACUGUGGCCCCAAAAAGAGCUACUUAUUCCCUGAGCCAGUCUCCACCAGCAUUACUCAGGACAGUUACCAGUCUUACUACCUGCCAGGUUACCGCUACCUCAACUCAUGGAGACCCAGCCUGUUUUACAGAGUAUCUGCAGUCCCCACCAACUCCAAUGAGCAGGGGAGUAUGCGAAUCUGUGCCCCUUUGCGGCCACCCACUAUACUGCCCUCAGUGCGGUCUGCCUUAUAUGCUCGCUACUCCCCCCGCGACUGGUAUCAGGCAAACAUGGUUCAAUACAAAGGAUCAGAGUCCUGCCGGCACUGGGCUGGCCGGCUGAAUGAUUCCUUGAGACUGAUGCAAGACAAAGACCAGCUGACCCAUCAGACACAGGACAACACUGGAAGAAGCCUAGGACAGAGACUCUCUGACAUCGAUUUUUGGAGGUCAGAGCUGACCUAUGAGCUAGACCGUCUGCUGACGGAGAUUCGUGCCCUGGAAACAGCCAAGAGGCGGCUGGAGUGUGCUGCUGAUGAGGCACAAAGGCCACUGAAGGUAGCCUUGGAAUGCUUAUAUAACCGUGAGAAGCGGAUGGGGAUUGACCUAGUACAUGAUGACGUUGAAAAGAACCUCAUACAGGAGGUUGACUUGUUCAAGUCUUGUCAAGAAAGAAUGAGAAAACUUGCAGAAAGAAUUGAUCAACAGUUGGGUAUCAACAGAGAUGCACAGCAUGCACUAGAGAGAGAUCUUUCUGACAAAAAUUCAGCACAUUUUAUUGAUGAGAAGUGUUAUAACCUGAGGAACACAUCGGACAGCAUCAGCUUCUAUCAUGGAGUGGAAAAAAUAGAUGGAACAGUUUCAGUUCCUGAGACAUGGGCAAAAUUCAGUGAUGACAAUAUUAGGCACUCUCAGAAUGCACGGGCCAACUCCAUCAGGCUCCGUGAAGAAACAGAAAACACACUGGAAAAUGUAUCUGAGGAAAUGUGGAAGCAAUUUACUGAUACCAACUUGGUCUUUACCAAUCGCAUUGCUGAAACAGCUGACACAAAGAACAAACUACAAACACACCUGGCUAAGACACUUCAAGAAAUCUUCCAGACAGAAAAUACAAUCCUGUUGCUGGAGAGAGCUAUAAUGGCAAAGGAGUGCCCACUGAAAGUAGCUCAGACCCGCCUGGAGGGAAGAACAAGACGACCCAAUGUAGAACUUUGCCGUGACAUACCUCAAUUUAAACUCAUCAAUGAAGUGUUUACUAUAAAUGACACAUUACAGACCCUGAAGCUGCGCCUGCGAGAGGCCCAGGAUACUCUUCAGCUGUUGGUCCUUAACAAAGCAAGACUGGAGCACGACCUUUCCGUGAAGGCCAAUUCCCUCUUCAUUGACAAGAAGUGCAUGGACAUGCGCAAAACCUUCCCCAGCACCCCACGGCUCAUUGGCUACACUUGAAAAGGUCCGAGUUUUCCCACGUCCUUUCAGUAUGUGACAUAAAGUUUGCAAAUUAUGAAGGAAAUACUUUUCUUUUAGGUUUUUUUUUUAAACACAACCCUAUAGAAAUAAACAUACCAAAAACCAAAACUGUCAUAGCACGUUCCUUACAGCUACUUGUUCUCAGCAGCUGCAGCUAGUCUGUGUAGUAGGAUGACAAACCUUUUUGGGAAGAAGCAGAUCAACUUGAAAACAGUCCAAAAAAUCUGUGUGUAAAUGUAUUGGUGGUGAAAGGUACUGAUGGUUGCCAAAUCUAGUAUUAUAGUGAUGUGAACAUCUGUCAAUUGGGAACUAGAGUCAGGUGAACCAAGCUUGAUUCAUACAGGUUGCAGAACAGCUAGAAGGCAACAACUCUACGUCACUGCUCACCUAGGCUGGAUUGAAGUUUAUUUUGGGGAAUUUUUAUGGCCUGGGU